AUGGCUUUCAAACAAAAUCAACGACAUUCAUUUUUAUCCUGCCACAACAUUUACAACAACUUAAUGAAAUUCAUUGUUGUUGCCUUGGUCGUUUUUGUGGCCUCCGCCACAGCAAAAAAAUUGGAUUUUUCACAUGAUUUGGAUACCGCCAAUAGCUAUUUGGAAACACCGCAUCAUCAUCAGGCCUCGUCGCUGCAUCAUCAUCAAUCACACAGUCUCCAUCAUCAUAAUCGCAAUCGCCGCUUACAGCGUCGCGAUUCCAAUUCAAAAGAUGGACUCCAUUGUAAUGAUGUUCGCGGAGACUUUGAGGCGAUAGAUAUCCAGUUGCCGCAACAUUUCAAUGAAAAAGGUUCCCAGUGUGGAGGUCACUGUUGCACAAAUUCCACAGAAAAUGAAUUAAAGAAAAUUGCCUCAGACGAUUUUGAACGUUCAUUGCGUCAUCAUACCAAAAGUUUACGUGGCGUUUUGGAAUCAACGGCAAAAUAUUUCCAAUCUCACACUUUGGAUAUUACCGAAGAAUCGGAAAAUCGUACUAUGAACGUAUUUUCUCAAGUCUACAAACGUAUGUUACCGUUGUCAAAGAAAUUAAUCGAACAAUUAUAUUCGGAUAUUAAAAGUACCAUAAAAUCGACCGAGUCCACAACCAGCGUCAACACAUUGGAACACACCAUACAUCAGUUCUUUGUCAAUUUAUUUCCCGUUGCCUACCAUCAAGUCGUCCAUUUGAACAAGGAACGAUAUGGUGAAUUGCAUGAGGAUUACAUUAAUUGCUUGAAACACACUUAUGACGACAUUCAACCCUUCGGUGACAUACCCAACGAAAUCAGUCGAAAUUUAAGGCAAAGCAUUCAAAUGGUGCACAUACUGAUCAAUGCCCUACACCAGAGUGCCGAUGUUCUGGGCGAAACCGAUGAAUUGUAUGGGGCCCAUUUGACGGAAAGCUGCCAAAAGCAUCUGCUACGAAUGAGUUAUUGUCCACGCUGUAAUGGUCUGCAAAAGACGCAUGUGAAAACAUGUCACGGUUACUGUGUAAAUGUAUUAAGAGGUUGUUCGGCUCAAUAUGCUGGUGCUUUGGAUAGCCAUUGGUCUAGUGUUGCGGCUGGUUUGGAAAAUUUAAUGAAUGUCCAUAUGAGUGCUGAUGUUGGCAUUGUUGCAGCAAUUAAACAAUUAAAUGUUAAAUUAUCUGAUUCAAUAAUGAAUGCCAUGAGAAAUGGUCCCGAAUUGGAAAAUACGGUUAAAAAAACUUGUGGUACACCAAAAUUGUUACCCUCCAAAGAUACCGAUAAUGAAAUUAAAACACCUCUAUCUCAUUAUACGAAAAAGAUAAAUCCAGUUGAACCUGAACUAUUGCAAUUCUCAUCGACCAUUGAUAAAUCCAAAGAGUUCUAUUCAAACAUAGUCAAUAACGUUUGCGAUGAUGAAGAAUUUCAAAGAAACGAUCGUCACUGCUGGAUCGGAGAUCGUGUUAGUGAUUACGAUCAAAUAAUCAUAAAUACUCCUGGCACCGAUACACAACGCUACAAUCCUGAAGUACCUUAUGAGCCAACAUCUAGGCCAACUAAAUUACAUGAAUUGCUCGAUAAGUUGUUGAAAAUACGCAAAAAUCUGGAAACAGCGGUACCAUCCCCACCCAGAACAAUCAACGAUAUUCAAAGUGAUAUGGCUGGUCGUGAUGAAGAAGGAUCUGGCCGCAUAACCGAUGAUGUCGAUGAUGAGGAAUACCGGUUACCAGGAUCUGGUGAUGGUUCUGGAGAUGGUGCCACAUCCUUCCCAGUUGAUCCUCGUUCAGAUAAUAAUGAAGAUAAUGAAAUUACACCACAUGAAAAAUCAAAUUCACCGGCCAGUGCAGUAACCGCGUCGAUGAGUUUAGCAUCUUUAACUUGUCUACUACUAGUCACACACCAUACAUUAUUAGCAACGAUACGAUUUUAUAAACUUAAUUUAAAUUAAAUAAAACAACCAAGCAACAAACACACACAC